AUGGGUGAUAGGCAAAUGCAAGUGCAGCUGAGAAAUUUCUGUAUGGCUGACGUAGAUGAUUUCUAUGAAUGGGCAAGUGAUGAAGAAGUUACACGCUUUAUGACGUGGGAGCCUUUCAAAUCGAAGCAAGAGGCAAGAGAAUAUGUUGCAAAAGUCGUGAUUCCUCACCCUUGGUGUAAGGCCAUUGGCCAUAUUAUGCUUAAGCAAGGCAGUGGAAUGAACAGUUGCAGAUCAGAGAUGGGGUAUGCCAUCUCAAGGAAGUAUUGGAAAAUGGGUGUCACCACUCAAGCUGUCAUCACUGCACUCAAAAUCGGAUCGAACGAGUUGCAAGGAAUAACGAGGAUUGAAGCUCUGGUUCUGCCAGAGAAUGUGGCCUCGGCAAGAGUACUGGAGAAGGCAGGGUUUAUCGAGGGGCUGCUACGUAAUUAUGUGUAUCUUAAGGGGAGCCUCAGGGACUGUUUGCUCUUUAGCUUUGUCGUUGCCUCAUCUAUCCAUUGA